AUGGCCGUGCCGGCGGCAAGCGUAAUGCAGCGCGCCGGCGCUGCGUUCGUGCAAGGGGCCAAGGCGACCUGUAAGCGGCUGCACGAGGUGGUGCCGGUGGAGGUGGUGGACGACAUUUUCGGGUGUGCGAUACGCAAGCAGACGGGCGUGUCCCUCAAGUACAUGCUAGACUUUGGUAGCUCGCCGCUGGAACGGCAAAUGGUGCUCGGGGCGCAGUUCUUGCAUCAGGAGCUGCCCAUCCGGAUCGCCCACCGCAUCGCAGAGCUCGAGAACCUCCCCUACGGCCUCUCCGACAAGGCCCCGAUCGUCGCGGUGCGCGACAUGUAUGUGUCGACCUUCCGCACCCUGCGCGCGUCGCCGCCGGUCCGCACCACCGAGGACGAGCGCCGCUUCACGGACACGAUCCGCGCGAUCUACGAGAAGCACGCGGGCGUCGUGCCCAUGAUGGCGAUGGGCGUCUCCGAGCUCCGCCGCGAGCUCAGCCAGCAGGUCUCCCUGCGCGACGUCCCGGAGAUCCACCAGUUCCUCGACGGCUUCUACCUCAGCCGCAUCGGCAUCCGCAUGCUCAUCGGCCAGCACAUCGCGCUGCACGAGCCCCCGCGGCCCGGCCACAUCGGCCUCAUCGACACCAAGACGAAUCCGAUACAGGUGGCCGAGGACGCCAUUGCGGACGCGCGGGAGAUGUGCAUGCGCGAGUACGGCUGCGCGCCCGAGGUCGAGGUGUUCGGGCCGCCGAACCUGACGUUCCCGUACGUCCCCGGGCACCUGCACCACAUGUUGUUUGAGCUGGUCAAGAACUCGCUGCGCGCGGUGCAAGACCGGUUCGAGGACGCGGACUUCGACCCGCCGCCGAUCCGCGUCGUCGUCGCGGAGGGGUCGGAGGACAUCACGAUCAAGGUGUCGGACGAGGGGGGGGGUAUUCCCCGGUCGGGCCUGCCGCGCAUCUGGACGUACCUGUACACGACUGCGCGGACGCCCGUGGCGGACCAGGAAGACGCGAUGGCGGACGGGAACGGGCCCGUCGUGCUCGCGGGGUACGGGUACGGCCUCCCGAUCAGCCGAUUGUACGCCAGAUACUUCGGGGGGGAUCUCAGUGUGCUGAGUAUGGAGGGUUACGGCACGGACGCGUAUCUGCACCUGUGCCGGCUCGGCGACAAGCAGGAGCCGCUGCCGUGA